GCAUAUAAUAUAUGCUAAUAAGAUUAUCUCUCAUUGAGUUGGGGAUGAGAUAUAUAUAAGUCAGGAUUUUCUUAUUGUUUUCUUCUUGAGACGAGCUUGAGAGUUGUUCAAGCCAUCGGAGAUAUUCUUCAUAGUGGAUUUCAAUUCCCGACCCCCGUGGAGACGUAGGCAAGAGUGCCGAACUCCACGUAAUUACUGUGUCGUGGUUUAUGUGUGUUUUUUCUUUCUUUCUCUAUUAUAGCCCUAUCUUUGCAUGUGUUUUGGAGACUUAGCUUGACAGGUUAUUGGGACAUCUACGGGCGUGUUAGUGCUUCCGAAAGGGGUCUUAAGUGAAGCCUUAAGUCCCCCAACAUCUUCAGAGUGAAUAGACUUCAUACAUGGCGAUUACUACUUUUAUUCAUUAUCCCAAAUGGAAAUGAAGAUGGUGCUUUUACACUAUCCAAAUCCACCCCUGCUUCCUAUUUAUGCCAAUUUGUCCAUGAGAUGGCACUUGGAUAAGAACACGCAGGAAGAGUUUCUUAAACUUCCAUCAAUCUCAAUGAAUGUUUCCAGAAACAUUGUUUGUAUGCGCAACCAUGCAAACUCCAAAAAGUCUGUAUAUCAAGAUUUCAAGGACUUCGUAAAGCCUUUAUGUCUUCUGGCUGCCACUAAACCAAACACAACCAGUAGACAUGAUUCUGAAAAAAAAUUUUCUUCCGUAGAGGUUAGUGAAUCUGAUGCACUGUAUGUGGUGGAGCUGCACACAAGCAAAGACUUCGGCUCUUGUUUGAGAGAUCUAAAUGCUGCUAUACUGUUCUGCUUGAUAGAUAAAAAAGGUUACUCAAUACUGCAGAGGAUAUCUGCCGCUUCAUAUGUGAAUCUUGGGGAAGAAAAAGUAGAUUCCUCUGAUUCCAUCAAUUUUAAGAGAGGUUCAGUUGAUAUUGUUACCUUUGCUGGACCAAAGCUAGGAAAACUUGAAGCACUUUGGAUUGGUGUUGAAUCAGGUUCAUGGAGGAUGGAUGGUCUUCACGUUGCAGUAAUCAAUGGACCUCUAUCCUUUGGUAGAUCCAUUGAUGAGGUAAAGAAAGCACGAGUUAACGGGAUGCAGUAUAAAUUUGAGGUAGAUAAUAUGCCACUUGGAGAAGGAGGGGUAUCUGUCGCUAACAUGAGGCCUGUGCUUUCUGCUGAAUUUUUCAGUGACAACAUUUUGAGAAUAUCAAGUUUAAAUUUCUCUCAAUGUUCUAGAUUGGAAACUGUUACCCAUUCAAAUGAGGAAAGCAUGCAAGAAUACAAAGAUCUCAAGUUGUCCUUGCUAAUUUAUGACACCCUUCUUAUUACUGCUGGUUUCAUGGUCACAUCUACUGCCAUAAGUUCAGAAGCAGGUUAUGCCUUCUUAGUGGGUGGAAUGGCUGGCCUACUUUAUCUAUUGCUCUUGCAAAGGUUGGUUGAUGGCUUGCCAAUAGAUUCAACUACAGAUGCUACGUUUUAUAAUUUCAGGCAAACCCCUCAAAGAUUGCAGAAGCCAUUGUUUUCUUUCGCAUUGAUAUUGAUAAUAAGUUUAAGUGUAGUGAAAUAUGGGAUUGCAGGUGCAUCUGUAUCAUUAACACCAAUGGAACUUCUGCUCGGUGCUGCGGGGUUUCUUACUUGUAAGAUAGCUGUGGUUUUGGCAGCAUUUAGGCCUUUUAACUUUAGAGUAACUAAGAAAGAGUAACAGCUGCAAAUUUCUUUA